AUGAAAUGGGAAAAAGAUGCAAAAGAAGGAGUUAUUGUUGCUGGUGGAAAUGAUGAAGGAGAUAGUCUCAGACAAUUGUAUAAUCCUCAAGGACUGAUUGUUGAUCAUUUGGGUCAUAUCUAUGUGGCAGAUUGUAGGAAUGACCGAGUAAUACGUUGGUGUGAAGGAAAAGAAGAAAGCGAAAUUAUUGUUGGUGGAUAUGGGGAAGGAAAUCAUUCAAAUCAGUUGAAUAGUCCCAUGGGUUUAUCAUUCGAUAGCGAAGAAAAUCUUUAUGUUGUCGAUUGGGGAAAUCAUCGAGUCCAAAAAUUUGAAAAAAAUUAA